GUGAGCUGCUGGAGAGAGAGUCUUCAACCAUGGCUGGCAAUGAAGGGGACUUUGUAAUGAACAAAAGAUUUGUGACAGAAUCUGAACUGGAGGAAAAAAGAAAGCAGAGACAAGAGGAAUGGGAGAAGGUGCGGAAACCUGAAGAUCCAGAAGAAUGUCCAGAGGAAGUGCAUGACCCACGUUCUUUAUAUGAAAAGCUUCAGGAACAGAAAGAUAAGAAGCAGCAAGAAUAUGAAGAGCAGUUUAAAUUCAAAAAUAUGGUACGAGGCUUAGAUAAAGAGGAAACAGACUUUCUUGAUGAAGUUUCCAGAAAACAGGAAAUGUUGGAAAAGGAGAGGAGAGAAGAAGAAAAGAAAGAAUUAAACGAGCUUCUAAAAGACCGCACAUUAGUAGCCACAUCCGCAGAGCACAAGAAGAAGGAGCCUGAGAAGAAGGCUGUGACAAAACUGCCUAAUAACAAGACGUUCUCUCAGUCCAAGUUGCUGGCAGGAGCAGUGCGACAUAGAAGCAGUUCCGAAAGUCCUGGUGCAAAGAAACUGAAGCUUGAUCAGGAACGUGACGGUAUGUACCCGGAGAGUCAUUCCAGCUCCGUUGAAAGCAGCACUAACCCAGGCUCCCGACUGCACUGCCCUCCAGCCACCGUCUGCAUUGGAAUCUUACCUGGCCUUGGAGCCUACUCAGGAAGCAGCGAUUCAGAGUCCAGCUCAGACUGCGAGGCCACAAUAAACAGCAUGGGAAAGAUUGUGUCCUCUGUAUUCCGCUCAGGCACUUUCCUUGAACCCCUUUAAACCCUACCAACCAAUCACAAAACAGUUUGUCAAACCUGAGAAUGGAACGUUUUACUUCUAGACCAUGGACAAAACCUCUGUACAUAAACUGCAAAGUGUAUUUUCCUUUCACUGAUGUCAGCAGCUACCUUUUCUGUGCAGUGUGUUUUCAAGCUUGGGAGCUUAUUAAAAGAAACUCAAUAAACCAUGUUUUGUGUGUUCAUAUCAACAUG